GGUCUGCGCAGGGAACAGGAAGAGAGCGAGGGAGCGUAUGAGUGUGUGUGUGUGUGUGUGUGAGGACGGGAGCUCGCGGUACUGUGCUUGGGACUGAGGGCAGCCAUGGGGAAUUCACAGAAGAAGGCCCCCGGUCACGGAGAGGGAGGGGGCCCGCACUCUCAACCUGGGACCCCGGGACACAAGAGGAGCCAUGGAAACAACACAGCCAACUCAAAGGAAGUCCAAGGGAAGAGCCCGGCAGUGAAUGGCACCCUUCCAGCCGGCAAGAGCCAGGAUGAGCCUCAGGGCUCUGGUCCGGCGCACAGCGGCUCUGCCGGAGAGAGCUUUAAUCUGGACGCCCCGUGUGGGGCCCUUCCUCCUCCGCUGGCCAGGCUCAAAAAUGAGGGCAAUAUGUUGUUCAAAAAUGGACAGUUUGGGGACUCGCUGGAGAAAUACACACAGGCCAUCGACGGAUGUAUAGAAGCUGGUAUCGACAGCCCUGAGGAUCUCUGUAUUCUGUACUCCAACAGAGCUGCUUGCUACCUCAAAGACGGAAACAGCGCAGACUGCAUUCAGGACUGCACCAGGGCUCUGGAGCUCCGCCCCUUCUCUCUGAAGCCCCUCCUCCGGCGGGCGAUGGCGUACGAGUCUCUGGAGCGCUACAGGAAAGCCUAUGUGGAUUACAAGACAGUCCUGCAGAUAGACAUCAGUGUGCAGGCGGCUCACGACAGUGUCCACAGAAUCACUAAAAUGCUGAUCGAGCAGGACGGUCCCGACUGGCGAGAGAAGCUGCCAGAGAUCCCAAUGGUCCCGCUUUCUGCCCAGCAGCACCGUAAAGAUGAGCCCAGUGCAGAGGUUCUUCAGGCCCGAGCCGCCAGAGCCGAGCAGGAGAAGGCCAGAAAAGCAGAGGCUCGGUUCACGUUGCUGAAACAUGAAGGAAAUGAGAUGGUGAAGAACGGCCAGUUUCAAGGUGCUGCGGACAAAUACAGCGAAUGUCUGGCCAUCAAACCUAAUGAAUGUGCCAUCUACACUAACAGAGCGCUGUGCUAUCUCAAGCUGGAGUGUUUCGAAGAAGCCAAACAGGACUGUGACUUUGCGCUUCAGAUCGAGCCAAACAACAAGAAAGCGUUUUACAGGCGGGCGCUAGCGCACAAAGGCUUGAAGGACUACCUGUCAGCCAGCACUGAUUUACAGGAAGUACUGCAGUUGGAUCCGAACGUGCAGGAGGCCGAGCAGGAGCUGGAGACGGUCACUAACCUGCUGAGACAGAGUCUAUUGGCUAAUUCUCAAGGUUGACAUCGUGGCAAUACAAGAAGAAAUGUACAGAGAGCUACAGGAAGAACGGCCCCUCCAGACGCAGCGGAUCCAGCGAGCCCAGAGAAAUCCAGCUCACGGCUCCCAGACUCCCGCCACGACUAAAGAAAACCCUUCCGGAAAACACUCAUCUCACCUUCUUCUAGGAACAUUGAUGCAAUGCUGACAACGGAAAGCAUGCAAACGGUUCAUCCUCUGUAACUCUGGCUUCAGCAGGCACUGUGAGCAUGGCACGGCUAUCGUGUGUAUGAGAGAGAAUGUGCCUUUUAAAAGAAGCUGUGGCUCACGUAGGGAGUGAUUUAACACUCUCAGACAAAAGUGUAUAGGAAUUUAAUUUGCUACAUUUAAAUCUCUCAUUUCUCAGGAUUGAAUAUAUUUUUAAUAGCUAUCCCACUGUAUUGUGUAAUAUUCGCAUACGUGUAGCUCGUGUAGUUUUUUUUUUUUCGGACAUCUUUCAGCCUUCAGCCCGACCGUCGUCUCAAUAUGCAAAGAUCCCACAGGCUAUGAAUGUGCAAUAACAUUAGAUGUAGUUUUUCUUUGGGAUGUCAGCGAAAGAAAUACGUUUCGGAUAAAUAAAUUUGCAUCGGCUAAAUAAACGGCUUUAUAAAUUA